CAUUCGUGGGCAAACUUGAGGGACGAGUGAGAGAUGGUCGUAUUACCAGUGAUGGUAGCCUACAAUACAGACAGGCAAAAUCAGAAAUAAAGUCUGUGCUCAAAAAUAAGGGCAUUACUAUGUGUUUAAGUGCAUGAAGACUGAAGUUGUGCUAUAUUCCACAGGGUUGUUGAGCAGUGAAGCAAGUAAAGCCAGGGUAAGCAUCACUGUUACCACAGACAACCAGUGCACCACCUUCUGACAGAGCAUGCUGGGAGUCAGCAGUUGCCAUGGAGCUAAAGGAUAAGAAGCAGGAGGAGCCGGUGACCCCCCUUGGGCUGUCUACAACUCAGGCUCUUCAGACGUUGCACAACCAGCUCUUCAAUCUACUAGAGCAACACCAGAGGUCUGGCAGAAGGAGACCCACUCUACAGGAUUUAUGGAAACAGAGCUUCCUUCACCAAAGCAAUCGCCACUCCUGCUUUCAUUGGCCAGGAGCUGCACUCACUCUGGUGGUGGUCUUUGGGCUGGUCUGCUGCCAUGGCAGCCAGCCAAAUGGCAGUGGUGGGAUCGAGCUAGUGAAUGCUGGGGCCCUUUUCCUUUUGCUCUUGCUGAACUUGCUCCUCAUCAGCCGGCAACAGCGCUUGAAGAAGAGUGAAAUGGUGCGGAGGCUCAAGGCCAUCAUCACACAGCUCAGUGAUCACCUGGAAGCCUGUGGAGGGCAGCCAUUCCGAUGGGCCCCUGCACUUUACCCUGACCUCUAUACUCCUUCGUCCCCAUCCUGGUCUUUACACUGGACUUUUCGAGAUGAACAGCUUGUCAACCUACCUGUCAGUUUACUGGUUGAGGGUGAUGUUAUUGCACUGAGGCCUGGUCAGGAGACAUUUGCUUCUCUCAGAGGAAUCAAGGAUGAUGAGCACAUUGUCCUGGAGCCAGGAGAUCUCUUCCCUCCUUUCUCUCCCCCACCUUCACCUCGUGGGAUUGAGAAGAGGGGACCCCACAGCCCUCAGCAGCACCGGCUAUUCAGGGUGGUACGCACACCUGUGCUCAAUCAUAUCAGGAACAGUUUAGACAUGGCUCUGUCUCGACCAAUCACAGCCAUGGACAAUGAGCGUUUCACUGUUCAGACCAUCAUGGCCAAAUAUGCAUCUCCGGCUGUGUUGGUGGCCUUCUUCACUGUUAACACAGUGCGUUAUUUCUGUGACACUCCCAGUCUUACUCCAGCUCUAUUCAACUUCUUCCAGUUACAGAUGAUGGGAGUUCUUCCUAUUCUUCCUCUACUGUUCCCCGUCAUGUGGGUGCUGGUAAAUGCAUAUGGGGAAGCUCGAGUAUUAGCAGAAUCCAGCCGCAACUCUCCCACUGGACUGCUUGCUAAAUUCUCUGAGGACACACUAAGCAGCUACACGGAAGUCGUGUCCUCUCAGGAGAUGCUACGUUCUGUGUGGAGGCACCUGGUGGGGGUGCUAAAGGGAGAAUCCCGUACACUUUGCUAUACCUCCAGUCUUUUGCACGCAUUGGGAUCGGUCACAUGUGGACAGGUAUUGUGCUGUGUGGACAAGCAGGGAAUCCUAUCAUGGCCCAACCCCAGCCCAGAGACUGUGCUGUUCUUCAGUGGCCGUGUGGAGAUGCCUCAUGACAGUCAGGAUGACCUCAGAGAUGACCUGUCAAUCAAUUCUUACUGCCGAAUGGAGGGAGAGGAAGACCGAGAUGAGGUCCAGGAAGGAGAAGCUCUGCUGAGCCUUCCCAUGGGUGGCUGCUCAGCACUACUUAUGUCAGGAGAACAGGAGCCCAGUGAGACCUCCCAUGACACGGCUCGCUCCUCUGAUACACAAAGGGCCCGCCGUGCCCCUUUGACCUCACGCACAAAGCACCCAUCCGGCUCCAAUGUUAGCUUCAGCCACGACACAGAAGGUGGCGAAGAGGAACAGUCUCAGCAACAGCCAUGUGCAGUAGAUACUACUGGGUGCUGCGAAGCAGAGGACUUUGUGUGUGACUACCACCUUGAGAUGCUCAGUCUGUCUCAGGAUCAGCAGAACCCUGUCAGCAUUCAGUUUGAUGAUUCUGGUUGGCAGGGCCACCUUCCUUCACUCAAGCCACUGGGCCUGAACAUCCUGCUAAAUCUGUGCAAUGCCAGUGUGACCCAGCAGCUGUGUCGCUUCUCAGAUCACCUGUCCAACCUGGCUCUGCAGGAAAGUCACGGUGCUGUGCUACCUCUGCAUGUGCCCUGGGGCCUGUGUGAGCUCUCACGACUCAUAGGUUUCACCCCUGGGGCAAGAGAGCUCUUCAAGCAGGAGAAUCACCUGGCAUUGUAUCAGUUGCCAUCCGGAGAGAAGAAUCAGGAGUCAGCCCCACGCCGCUCACACCAUUUCAACAAACGCCAGCCUCCCAUCAAUCACCUCAUCAGCCUUCUUGUGCGGGACAGUACCACCAAUAAUGUCCAGAUGCUUUCGCAUGGCUCAGCAGAUCUUAUAUUGGAGGCUUGCACAGACUUCUGGGAUGGUUCUGACAUCUAUCCCCUCUCUGGCUCUGACAGAAAGAAGGUACUGGAUUUUUAUCAGCGUGCCUGCCUAUCGGGUUACUGCUCUGCAUUUGCCUAUAAGCCCAUGCAGGUCACCCUCUCGUCUCAGUUGAAUGGAAAGUGUGUAGAACUUGCUCCAGGCCCAACUCUGUUUUCUGGGUUGGAGUUACCUGGAACCACUCCUAUCAAACACGGUGGCAGUCGUCGCAAUAGCUGGAGUUCGGAUGAGGGCAUUUGUGAAGGCUUGGAACGUGAGGACUGUGUACAGGCCUUGAGUGGUCAGAUCUUCAUGGGCAUGGUGUCGUCACAGUUCCAGGCACGUUUGGACACAGUGCGGCUUAUUGAUGCACUGGUGACUGCUUGUAUCCGUUUUGUCUACUUCUCUAUGGAAGACGAACUGCGCAGCAAGGUGUUUGCUGAGAAGAUGGGGCUGGAGACAGGAUGGAACUGCCACAUUUCUCUAACACCCAAUGGGGAUGGACAGUGUGACGGUGCCCCCUCCAGUCCCAGUCAGGCUGGCUCGCUGCAUGAUGACCACCUGCAAGACUCCCGUGAUGAGGCUGAAGGACCACUAUUACCAGAAGAUGAGGGCCACUCUGACCUCGCCAGUUUCCAGCCGACUGAUAGCGAUGUGCCUAGUUUUCUGGAGGACUGCAACCGAGCCAAACUGCCUCGUGGGAUUCACCAAGUGCGUCCUCAUCUGAAGAACAUUGACAAUGUGCCUCUGCUUGUUCCGCUUUUCACAGACUGCACCCCUGAAACAAUGUGUGAGAUGAUGAAGAUCAUGCAGGAGAACAGGGAGGUCACAUGCUGCCUUGGUAGUUCGGCCAAUUUCCGCAACAGUUGCUUGUUUCUUCAGAGUGAUCUGAGCAUUGCUUUGGACCCACUGUACCCAUCUCGUUGCUCGUGGGAAACAUUUGGUUAUGCCACUGGGUGCAGUAUAAAUGACAACAGUGAUGAGAUCACUCCCCUCAGCCUUUCAGGCCAGCUCAACUCAAUGGGAUGCUCUGUCACCUUCCACCAAGGGGAGAGUGUCAGCAUGGUGAAGCUCAUUGAACAGGCACGGCACACUACUUAUGGGAUAAGAAAAUGUUUCCUGUUCUUGUUGCAGUGCCAGCUGACCCUGGUCAUCAUUCAGUUCCUGGCCUGUUUGACUCAGCUGCCUCCUCCCAUGAAUAUCACUGAUAUCCUCUGGCUGUCUUGCUUCUGCUAUCCACUACUCAGUGUAUCCUUCCUUGGUAAACCGCCAGACAGUUCAGUGAUGACUGUUGCCACUGGUAAGAACUUGGAUGCUAUUCCAAGAAAGACGCAGCAGUACUUCCUGGGGUGCUUCCUCUUAAAAUUUGGUCUGACCAUGAUAACUUACCUUCUGGGUUUGGGCUUCUCCUUGCAAGAGGUGUGUUCCAUAGCUGCUAACUUCACCAAAGCCGAUGUCAAUGUCAGCUGCUUGCACAUAUUUACUGUCAGUUCAUCUCCUGAUGCUCCGGGGUGGUUUAAUGAGUUAUCAAAUGGUCUGCUGCUGGUCCAGAAGGUCAUGGCUGGAUUCUUGGCCUUGCACACAGUUGUCAUCUCUUUGAGCUAUGUGCAUCGCUCUCAGCCUCUGUGGAAGAAAAACCCCUUCAGUAACACAUGGUGGUGCCUCACUGUUCCUGUAGUGCUGUUGGGUCAGAUGUUACAAGCCACAGUGGACUUCCAGUUGUGGCAGGACCGGAAUGCAAACCUGAGCUUCUCACUUGGUGACAUCCCCCUAAUGGUUUGGCUAGUGGGCUUCCUGUCCACCAUACUGGUGGUCCUGGUGAAUGAAGUUGUCAAACUACAUGAAAUCAGGGUCCGGGUACGCUACCAGAAGAGGCAAAAGCUACAGUUUGAGACAAAAUUGGGCAUGAAUUCCCCUUUUUGAGGUCCUAAUGAUCAAGAUUGGGAACUGAAAUCCCUAAAAAGGCAGAUAUACUUUUGACUUUCAAAUUAGGAAGUCUGCAUUUGUUACCAUAUAAGAGGACAGGUGUCUGACACUAGAGCCAGCCUGGUCAGAUCCACAUGGAUGUCUCCUUUCAAGAACAACACUAUAUCUUACUCCUGGUUUUGUUUGCUUGCAUUCCUCUCUGAAACACAGAAGUAGAAUGGUGUUCUCAGUUAAGUUCGGGAAGUUAAAUAUGUCUUAUUUAGAGUGGCACAAAAAGUAUGGAGAAACUAUUUUGUAUGUUUUUGACUGAUUGCUGUUCAAAGCUAGGUAUCAUGCACCUCAUCAUGUCCCCAAAAAACACACACACAAACACAUACACAUACACCAUGUUGAUUUGUGGCAGUUCCCCUCCAGAUGCACAAUUAUAAAAAAAACUGGAUGACUCCUAUGGUUUCUCGCUCCUGAUUUAAGUCCAUUAUCAUAGUAGGCUCUCAGUGGGGAGAUUAUAGCAGAGGUGAGUGUAAAAACAUCCACCUUGGACUUGGAUCAAAUGCCUCACUUUCAAGAGCUCAGAGUAAUGAAAUCUCUGUCCAGCACUGACCAUGGUAAACAAAUAAGUCAUAUCAGUUCAUUAUUGGGGAGUAAGCACUUUGUAUUGCACUCUUUUAUAUUUUGUCAUAAGUUAAGCAUAUGUCAGUCAUUUACUUUUACAUUGACAGACACUGUUAUUCAGUAUUUUGUGAUUGGAUAACUCCAAAUAGUACAUAUGACUGUACACAAACUACCUGAAACUCAUGACCUUGCUGUUGACUGCUGGUGUGCUGUACAUGCUUGCCUACAGCAAUUUGGGCUAAUGAGUGUGUUUGCAACAGCCUCAUGCAUCUGCAUACAUUCCUCAUUGCCAUGUACUGUAUUCACAAAGCUUUAUUUUCUCUGUUGAAGGAGGCUUAUCUAACCAUAACCUAAACUAAAAUCAUAAAUACGAAGUUUACGUUGCCAGUCUACCUCUAGUUAUUUUCAAUGGUCAUGAUUUUUUUUUAAAACAAAUUUAUUGAGAGUGCAGGAAAUCUGACAGCAUUUAGUGUAACUGGUGCAAGAUUUGUAAUAAUCCACUUGCAUAACCAGAGCCUUACAUGUAGCUAAUAAAGCACAGGUACUACAUUUUGGCCACAGUAGGUUACAUGAUGAACAUGGACUUGGGUCAUGGAGUGGAGUAGAUUUCUCUUGAUUAAUACUGAUUGUGGUGUAAUAUAGAUGUGCUAGUCUGUCCCCAGGGGAAGGUGCUGGUUCCCUCUUUACCCCUCCUUGCAUUUCCAGUCUGGCCAAACCAAAACUUGACAAAAGAAUAUGAAAUGUUAGCAUUCUCAAACUUUUUUGCCUCCCCUUUUACACACUCCAUAACACUUUUCCCACUUUCAGUGCCAUCAUUUGCCAAUUACUUUUCAAUGAUUUAUACAUUUCUGUACUGGUCACAUGAUUGCCACUGCCCUCUCACACAGACACAAACAUACAGAAGCCUUUGUAAUUUUAUCACAUCCCAACAGGCCUUUUAAACAUUUUUAUGAUGCUGUCUAACAUUUGAUAUGUAGAAUUUAAGUGCACAAAUAUAUGAGUUGUCCAAAUUCCAGCCACUUUAAAACUCAUAUUCCAAUGAGAUCUCCUCUUAUACAGCUGUCCUUGCAGCUGUCUAGGGCUGUCUAAUGACCCUCCUAAUGAGCCACCUCUACUUGGCCAACCUCGACUAACUGCUUUAGCAGAACUUAUGAUGCUGUAGAAGGUGACUUAGGAAUAUAUCAGACAACAGACUGUCAAGCAAUUGAAUUGUGGGAAAAAAAAAUUUUUUCCAUUGUUUUCUGUUUUAUUUUGAAUAUAGUAGAUCCGUUGAAACCAUUAUGAAAUUAGGAUCUCUAUUUUUAUGUCAGGUAUAUUUCUAUCAUUGCUUCAAAUGUAAUGCAUGAAGAGUUAAGGGAUGCUGUCUUUAUGAGGAUAUUUUGUUAACUUUAAUUGGUUCUGUGCAACCAGAACUAUGGAUGCUCUAUCAAGCAUGUGUUGCUGGUGCUCUUUCCCCAUCACUGACAAUCUGGUGUAACUGCUCCCACAAAUGACUGGGAUAAGGGCAGAAAUGUGCACUGGCCACUGAAUGCAUUGAUUGACAAGACAUACUGUACAGUAGUACUUGACUACUUCACGAAUGUUCACGGGUUUUAUGAAUGUUAAUGAUUGGUGUAUAUUUUGUAUAUUUUUUACUUAUGUAAUAUUAUUUUCCCAAAUGAUUUGUGAAUCAAUUAUUGUAUGUCAUGAUAAUAAAUGCUUUUUUAUGUUA